GGGGCUUCUCACAAAAUUCUGCAAGUAGAAGCAUUUAUAUCCCCUUUUUAUUUUAAGGGAAAAAAAAAUCUGGUGAAAUUGGCAGGCCAUGCUCUUAGCUCCAAAAUGACCCUCAGUCAGGUGGAACAGUGUUAGUGGAUCUUAAAACCUCCAGAAAUAUUAUGUACUCUAAUGAAGCCUGGGACUUAACCCACUAGGAGAAAAAGGAUCUGUCUUGUCUAACACCCAGACAUGAAUAGAGCAUCCUCACUUCCUCUCCCCUCACCUGCUGAGUUCAGAUCUUUAAGCUUCACUCAAGUGGCAGAGGCCUGUUGUCUUCAAACAAUAACUGAAGGGGAAGGGCAAUUCUGAGAACCAUGAUGUCCCUGGCUGUCAGCAAAGAUCGUGUGAUUACACCUACGGAUGAAGACCGCAGGAGGAUCAUUAAACAGAUGAAGGUUCGCACCACCUUGAAGGGAGAUAAGAGCUGGAUUCACCACCAGAAUUCAGACUCUGAGGAUGAAAAGAAGAGCAGCCCACUGUCUGGGCGAACUAGUGGGGGAUCCACAGCCUCAGCACCUACUGCUAUCCAGAAUGACAGAUCUCCUGCCUCCAAGCCUCAAUCCGGUUACCUCAUCAGGGGAGUGUUCACAAAAACCAUCGAUAAGACUCCUUCUGUGCCAAAUCCUCCAUCUUCUAAGCCGGCACAGAAAAGCACUGCCACGAAAGGACCCAGUUCGUGCCAUUCUUCUGGCUACAGGAUGACAACUGAGGAUUACAAGAAAUUAGCUCCCUAUAAUGUCAAACAAAAAUCAUUGGACUUGGAUGAGAAGGAUGUGCCUUUUAGUCCAGAUGAACACAAAAAGAGGACAGAGGCAGCCAACAGUGUCCUGAGGCGCACUGCCAGCAGGGAACGAGCUUACGUCCUCUCAGCGGCUAAGAAAAGCAGUGGAAGCCCAACACAAGAGUUCCCACCCUUAUUUGCCAAGAGAAUUGAGAUAGGAGAAGAAGGACAGCAGAGGAGGAAUCCGACUGUGUCUGAUUCAUGCAAGUUUACAGCAGAUGACAACAGUGCCAAUGGGCUAAAAAACCCCACAGUCGGGCCUUCCUGGAAUGCAGCAAAGACAACAGCGGUGUCGCCCACCAGCACUGAAAUAGGCAGUAAGAGCCAAACAACCACAACCUUAAGGGAAACUUCAGAGAAAAUUUCCACGUAUACUGAGAUCAGAAAUGGUGAAAGCAGACAAACUCCUAACGGGAGCUCUUCCCUGGAAACUGUGCCACAGCAUGGAGAUGGUGACAAACCUCUUAAGGAAAAGUCUGAGCCUUUCUCAUGGGAUAAACCUGGAGCAACUGCAGUUUCCACAAAUGGAAGUUAUUCUGAACACACAGAAGCCAACAAUGGAUUUUACCGACCGAGGUCUGACUCUGGUUAUAGGGACAGAUCUGCAGAUGCUGUAGACAAGCUGCAACAACGGUACGAGGCUUCUCCCUACACAGAUGAUGCAAAGUCUGAACCUGCAAGAUCAGAGCCUGGUGCUGGUAUUCACAGUGCUGCUGCUAGCAGCAGGUCUGGUUUGCAGUCUGAUGUCGCUUCUCCCACCGAGGGCACCCCUGCACACCUUGAGGACACAGAAUAUUCCUUUAAAAGAUCUGUCCUGAACUAUGAGGAGAGAAGUAGCACCCAAGAGAACAGAUUCAUGAACUCCACAGUCCCAGCAUACAGCAAGCCUGACUGGAACGAAGCAAAGUCCUUCCAAGAUUUCAAAGAGGUGGACACUCCUAGAGACAGGGAGCAUGAGAGCACACUGGCCUCACAUGACCAUAAGCUAGAGGUAGCCCAAGGAGGGUUUUCUGACUCAAACCACCAUGCUGAGAAGGGGCAAGAACCUCCUGAUGUCCACCCAGAGCCUCCCAAGUCAAACAAACAUGCUGACCAUGACCUGAGUAUGGCAAUGUCCAAGGACAGCACAAGUGGUGGCACUGACAAUAAUACAGGACUAUCAUCCUAUGUGCAGAGUGAAGAAUUUGCUUCAAGAAGCAGAUCCAGCUCCCUUCCUAGAGAAGGCAGCACCACUGCUCCAAAGACCCAAAGUGGAAAUGAAUCCAACACAUGCUGGGAAAGGACCAGCUCUGUUUAUGAAGAACCCCCUCCCACCAUGUAUAGUCAUUAUGAGAGCCCAGGAGCCUGGAGACACAAUGAGCCUAGCCCAAUGGCAGCCAGCAGGUCUAACUUCAGCUCAAAAGAGAGUGGUCUCGGUGCGUAUGAGACUCAGCAUCCCAUGCCACUGUACAUGGACCGCCAGCCUUUUAACACCAGUGUAUCAGCACCCAGCCAUAGGAUACCAUCCUAUGCAGACAGCCAAGGAUUCAACACCAGAAGACCUAUCUUGGAUUAUGAAGGGAGAGUUUAUGAUGGGAGAAGCAGCCCUAGGAGCAGCAGAUAUGACAGUGUUAGUGCCAGGGGGCACUGUGAAUUUAACCUUAUAACUACAAGCCACCACUCCCUUCCCAGAGACACCACCAUGUCCAUUCCCCCGAGAAGCCACAGGGUGCCAUUCUACAUGGACAGCUUAAACUGUAACAGCACCAGGCUUCUUUCGAGUUCAAGUGAGAGGAUCUGCACUCCAAUUGCCACCUUACCACACAACAGCCCAGCAGCCUCUGGCUACCAGCCUGAUUCCAGCACUGCCGGAAGAGGGGUCCUCUUUGUGAAGGAGUACGUGAACAGCAGUGAGCUCUCAGCCUCCCCUCGCUAUGGCAGUGGUAGCCUGGUAGAUCUGACUGAUUUGGAGAGAGGAACCUACAGCCACCACAGCUACGUGUCCAGUGCUCCCCUGCAGAGGUCCAGUGAACCUGUUUGUACUUACUGCAGCCGUGAGAUCCGAGACUGCCCUAAGAUCAUAAUAGAACACCUUAACAUCUACUGCCAUGAAUACUGCUUCAGGUGUGGAAUUUGCCACAAAGCAAUGGGAGACCUUCUGGAUAAAAUAUUCAUCCACCGGGAUAUCGUCCACUGCGACAAGUGCUACGAGAAACUCUUCUAGGGUUUUGCAAAGCCGGAGGAGGCAGCCAAUGGAAAGUCCUCAGCAGCACAUACCUGAAUAUAUCCACCAGUUCCUGACUGGCUAAGAUAGCAGAAUUCCUGCUUCCCUCUUCUGCAAAUCAUUUUUCCUCUCACUGCCUCAUCACAAUGAAUGAGUUUAACAUCUGCUAGCUUAUGCUGUCAGCUGCAUGCAAGGCAAGCGCCAGUGUUAACGAGACAAGGCAGUGUCAUCUAUAAAAGAUAGGUGGGCUUGUUUUCCAAAGGUUCUGAGCCCCAUCCACUUGUCUUUAACUUCAUUAAGAUUCCAAAUAGCUCCUGUGCUGGAAACCAGGCAGAGCUCCUUAGGUGUAUUUAAUUUAAUUGCAAGAAACCUUUUACCGAUGAUUUCUUUUCGGUUCAUUCCUGCAGUCAGGUUGCAGCUUAGUGCACAAGGCAAGCAGCUCUAAGAAGUGUUAAACGCCAUAUUUGGAUUCUUGGGAGGGUUUGAAUUUAGCUCCUAUUUAGCAAAGCCUAUUUCUGCUUCUUUCACCCCCCAAAUUCUGCCUAGGAAUAGCUUCUGCCUGAUUUCUUUCUUGCUUUCCAUGGGUUUUAAGCAGCACUUGCAGACUCCAUUCACUUUUUGUGUGUGUCAGCUUUAAUUUCCCUUCUCCUCCUACUCCCUAGUGGGUUCCUUCAGCAGUGACUGUGUCUGCCAAGUGAAGGGGUGUUCACUCGGCCUCUGAAAUAAGCAUCCAGUGGCCAUACAACAUGUGCCAGAGAAUCAGGAUCUCAACUGGCUCUGCUGACAAGGAACUGAUGCCUGAAUUUCCCCCCACCUCACCAAGGCUUGUUGCUUUGAUUCCUCUAAGUUAUUUACAUCACAAACACUCACUGACUAAACUGACCUUCCAGUACAGCAGGUGCUGGACAUGCUACAAGUCAGAGCUGCAUCAUUUUAACCCUUAGUUCAGGGAGAGAUUAAGAAGGUUGAAUGCUGGGAGCUCUGUACCUUCAAUAUACAGCUCUGAACGUGCCUACAGAAUUACUGCCUUUUCUUUUAAAGCAUUAGGGACGUUUGUCAAGCAGCAGCUCUGUAGUAGCCCUUCCAUGCCAACAGGGGAUGGCAGAAGCUCUAAGCAGCCUAUUAGCCAGGUCAUUCUUUAUGCUCUUAGCGAUGCAUGCAAAAGCUUGCCAAGUUCGCGUUUCUACAGCUGUGUAGGGCUGCUGCUAUGUUCGCUGUAUCUUUGGCUCUGUAUGGUCCAAUGUAACAUCAGCACACACCUCUAAUAAAGCCGUACAUCUCAAUCGA